GAUAUGAUAUUUCUGUUAUAGCAGCACUAGAUGACUAAGACAAGUACAGAUUAGGCAGACAGCAAACAGGGUCAGACCUCAUUUCUGCCUAAAAUGUCUCCAGAGAGCCUGAUUCCCACUUAGCCACAGUCCUGGGGAACUGAGAACCAGGCUCAUGGGGAGAGGUUGUUUCCCUUCUUGUAGAGUCAUGAUUUGACAACCCUGUGAUGGGUAGGACCUAGCCUCCUAGUGGCCAAACACUUGCGUCUUUCCUGCUGAGAGCCAUGGUCUCAUCCUUCUGCACAAAUACAGUGGGAGAGGACACCAUAACCACCACCCUCAAAGUCCUGCUUGGGCUCGUGCUCUGCCUGGGACCAACGAUCCAAGCACGACAGGGGUACCUGCCCAGACCCUCCAUCUCAGCCGAGCCAGGCUCUGUGAUCCCCUGGGGGACGUCUGUGACCUUUGUGUGCCAGGGCCCUCCUGAGGUUGAAGUAUUCCUAUUGGAGAAGGAUGGAAAGCCAGAUUCACUCCCAGAUGUGAAGAACUCUUCAGGGAUUGAGACAGAGGCUAGAUUCCCCAUCAGCUCAGUGAAGACAGACACUGCAGGGCGUUACAACUGCAUCUAUUUUAUAGGGAAUGCCAAUUCUGAACCCCGUGAGUUCCUGGAGCUGGUGGUGACAGGAGGCCCCAGUGACAUCAGUCCCUCACCCACAGAAGCAGGCUUCCAGACAGCCCCCACCUUGCAGAAUUACAAGGUGGGAAAUUGUGUCCACCUGGGCCUGGCAUGUGUGGUCUUGUUGAUGCUGCUGGUGAUUCUGGCGGAAGCUUGGCACAGCCAGUGCAGAUCCCAACGUGGCCCCACAGGAUGGAGACAAGAUGGCACCAGUCAGAGGGAUUAAACUCCAGGCCCAGGAUGCAAACACAAUGGCACCCAUGAGAAAGAUUAGACUCCGGGGGCAGCAGGGCAUCUCCAAGGACUCUGAGGCUCAUGGCUGAAGCCUGAAGGACAGCAGGGCCCUCCAUGGGCAGUGUGCUGGGAGUGCCCCCAGAGAAGAGGCUACCCCUGGCACAGCGGGGGGUGUAAGGAGAGAGAAGGAUCUUGACAGGAUGUUCUGGAAAGCCAUCUGGAAGCAGCAGUGAUGUGCUCCAUUCCUUUCUUUGUCAGUCUUCUGUCUCAAUAGGUUUGCUUCCAUGUCUGAUUCUGAUAAUCAUGACACCUUAUCUCAUACUUUCUGGAAUCUCUCUUCUCCUCCGAGUUUUAAAUCAAGGAUACCGUUUUCCUUCAGCCUCAGUCUUCUUCUCCUACUUCCUCCCUGCACUCGGUUUCAGAGGCUCCCCCAGCUUGAGCUGACGUAUCUGCAGUCUCCAUUCUCUCCGUUUUGUGAUAUCAGCAUUCAGAGAUGACCCUUGCAUAUCUGAGCUGACGACUCCCACGUUAGAAUCUUCCUGCAACCUACUACCUCCUGGAGUCCAGCUGCAUGCUGAGCAUUGGAAACUUGACAUUCAUGGCCCUGGUUUUCACAACUACUGACCAUCUGUCACCUUUCUUACCCAGUGAGGCUCUGACUGUACCUUCCCUUGGUCUUGGCACAUCCCAUUCUCUUCUCUUCCUAGAAUGGUCUCUGUCCUUGUCUUAUCUGAUACUCUUCAUCAGCUUAAGUGUCUUGAUCAAAUGUUCAGGGAAGUCUUUCUUGUUAGCCUCUGUAUCUCCUUGCCUUGUAUUAGAAGUAAAUGCUGCUGUUUUAAAAAUAAAUUAUUAAAAUGAUCAUCGUACUUCAACCCAAGUAUUGGAUCCAAGCUUCACUUUUUCCAUACAAAUAUACUUAAUUUUGACUUCAUAAAAUUUAGAGACAUAUAAGCAGCAAAGAGUAUUACAAAUAACAAAUAUUAAGCAAAAAGAGACAAAGUAAGUGUCUUAGUCAUCUAGUGCUGCUAUAACAGAAAUACCGCAAGUGAAUGGUUUUAACAAAGAGAAGUUCAUUCUCUCACAGUCUAGU